AUGGAUCCAAUAAAUUCAAAAUUUUAGAGAAAAUCUAAAAAAUUGCUAGCCAAUUUAACAGAUUAAUCUUUAUUGGAGAAACUAAAUUAUCAAUAAAUAAGUUUUACAACAAUAGCGACAGAUUUAAAUAAAAUUGUAAAGAAAAAUAAGAAAAAUAUUUUAGAGAAUCUAUUAACAAUAACUGAGAGUAAUAGAGAAGUUAAAAAAAUAUUAGGCUAAAAAUAUGUAUAAGAUAAGAAAUCUUUUAAUAUUUUAACUUUUGAUUUUGAUUUCACAUUUUAUGAUAUCAAAAUUUUGGAUUAUUUUAAGAAGUAUUAUUCGUUGGAUCUAGUGAUAAAUGAAAUAUAUUCAAUUAUGAUAGAGGCAUAAGUUUGGUAUAAGUAUAAGUAAUUUGAUACAAAUAUUAAUUCAAUUUUAAAUUAUUUUAAUGAUUUAACAGUUGAAAAUAAUGAUGAUUCGUUAAAAUACGAAAUAACUGUAUUAUUAAUUGGAAAUGCUAAAGUAGGAAAAAGUACUUUGCUAAAUAUAUUGCUUGAUCCAAAUAAUUUAACCAUUACAAAGAAAAACAAUUUUUUUAUUUGAAGUUAAAAAAUAAAAAGAUAAUUUAAAAAUAUAUCACUUUUCCAAUAGUUCUACUGAAAAGAGUCAUGAACUUGAAAUUAUUUAUGAAAUUGAGAAUGAAAAUAUGAAGGAAAAAGUUAAGUUUAUAUUUGUAGAUAAUCCAGGUUUCACAGACAUAGGUUUAAUUAAAUAUAUAAUUUAUACAUCUGAGAAUAUAUCCUUAUUUAAUUAAAUCAACCUCUUCUAAUAAUUAAAAAAAUAUCGUUGGAUUAUUUUAAUGCUUUUAAUUGAUGGAGAACUUGCUUAUAAAACAGAUAAUUUAAAAACUUUAAUAAAUCACAUUGAUUUAUUAAUAGGAGAUUUCCUAUAAAAUUCAAAUAUAGAUCAAGUAAUUCUUCCAGUUUUACAAAACUAAAAUAAAAUACAAUGA